CAGAUGAAAAUAAUGUGGAAGACAUCCAGCUUGGUUCUGACUCUGACGCUGAGAUGAUGGACAAGCCAUGCCCCAUCCAGAUAGUCCUGGCUCACGAGGAUGACCAUAACUUUGAGCUCGAUGAAAAGGCCCUGGAGCGCGUUUUGAUGCAGGAACACAUACGUGAUUUGAACGUGGUGGUUGUGUCUGUAGCUGGUGCUUUUCGCAAAGGGAAAUCGUUUUUGCUUGAUUUUAUGCUUCGAUUCAUGUAUAGUCAGAGCGCAUCAAGUUGGAUUGGUGGAAAUUAUGAGCCAUUGACUGGGUUCACGUGGAGGGGAGGAUGUGAGCGAGAGACCACGGGUAUACAGGUCUGGAGUGAAGUGUUUAUUAUUGAAAAACCUGAUGGAUCCAAGGUUGCCGUUCUUCUCAUGGAUACUCAAGGGGCCUUUGACAGCCAGUCAACAAUCAAAGAUUGUGCAACGGUGUUUGCUUUAAGCACAAUGACUAGCUCUGUCCAGGUGUAUAAUUUGUCGCAGAACAUUCAAGAAGAUGAUCUGCAGCAUUUACAGCUUUUUACAGAGUACGGACGUCUUGCAAUGGAAGAAAUCUACAAAAAACCCUUUCAGACCCUCAUGUUUUUGAUCAGAGAUUGGAGUUAUCCUUAUGAACAUCAAUACGGCUUGGAAGGUGGAAAUCUCUUUCUAGAAAAGCGAUUACAGGUGAAACAGAAUCAGCACGAAGAGCUGCAAAAUGUCAGGAAACACAUACACUCUUGUUUUACUAACAUCAGCUGUUUCCUCUUGCCUCAUCCGGGUCUUAAAGUUGCUACCAACCCCUAUUUUGAUGGUAGAUUAGUAGACAUAGAUGAAGAGUUCAAAAAGGAGCUUCAACAUCUAGUUCCUUUACUACUUGCUCCUGAGAGCUUGGUCGAAAAAGAAAUUGGUGGAAACAAGGUGACUUGCCGAGAUCUCUUGGAAUACUUUAAGGCAUACAUUAAAAUCUAUCAAGGUGAAGAGCUCCCUCAUCCCAAGUCAAUGCUUCAGGCAACUGCAGAAGCAAAUAACUUGGCUGCUGUUGCUGGAGCCAAAGAUACAUAUAGCAAAUACAUGGAGCAGGUUUGUGGUGGAGACAAGCCAUACAUCGCUCCUGCAGACCUAGAGAGGAAGCAUUUAGAUGCAAAGGAUGUGUGUGUAAAACAGUUCCGCUCAGUAAAGAAGAUGGGUGGAGAGGAGUUUUGUCAUCGGUACCAGGAACAGCUGGAGGCUGAGUUAGAAGAAUCCUAUGCAAACUUCAUGAAACACAAUGAUGGCAAAAACAUCUUCUAUGCUGCACGCACCCCUGCCACUUUGUUUGCUGUCAUGUUUGCCAUGUACAUUAUCUCAGGAGUAACUGGUUUCAUUGGCCUAAACUCUAUAGCAAACAUUUGUAACCUGAUUAUGGGACUAGCACUACUGUCCUUCUGCACCUGGGCUUAUGUGAAGUACUCCGGAGAAUUUCGGGAUCUCGGAACCUUAAUAGAUCAGAUUGCUGAAAUUAUAUGGGAGCAGGUGUUGAAGCCACUGAGUGAUAACUUGAUGGAAGAUAACAUAAGACAAACUGUGACAAACUCAAUCAAGGCAGGUCUUACAGAGCAAGUGACUCAAGCUUCUCGGAUAAAGACUGACUGA